AUGACAUUUAUUCUGACGGAAACGUCUGCCGGCUACGCCGUGCUUAAGGCCAAGGACAAGAAGAUCUACAAGUCGGAGUCGAUUCUCGAGGAGCUGUCGACCCCCGAGCUGGUGACCUCGCAGUUCAAGGUCAAGGGCUUCUCCAAGUUUGACUCUGCCGCCUCUGCUCUGGAGGAGGUCAACGCCAUUGUGGAUGGCCGGGUCUCCGACAAGCUCGCUGCUUUGCUCAACGAGUUCAAGGACGAGAAGAAGUCUGCUCUGGUGGUGGCCGACCCCAAGCUGGGCAACGCCAUCAACAAGCUGGAUCUGCCAUUUGACGUGGUUGCCGAGUCCGCCUCGCUCGAUCUCUUCCGAGCCAUCCGAGAAAACCUGCCCUCUCUGCUGCCCGGCCUCACCGAGAAGGACCUGGCCACCAUGAGCCUGGGUCUGGCCCAUUCGCUGGGACGACACAAGCUCAAGUUCUCCCCCGACAAGGUCGACACCAUGAUUGUGCAGGCCAUCGCAUUACUAGAUGAUCUGGACAAGGAGCUCAACACAUACGCCAUGCGAAUCAAGGAGUGGUACGGCUGGCACUUCCCCGAGAUGGCCAAGAUUGUCGCCGACAACAUUGCCUACGCCCGAGUCAUCAAGACCAUGGGCUACCGAUCCAACGCCUCCGAGACCGAUCUGUCUGAGGUGCUCCCCGAGGAGGUUGAGGCCGCCCUCAAGGUUGCCGCCGAGGUCUCCAUGGGUACGGAAAUCACCGAGUUUGACCUCGAAAACAUCCAGUGCCUCGCCGACCAGGUCAUUGACUUUGCCGAGUACCGAGAACAGCUCUCCAACUACCUCAACGCCCGAAUGGCCGCCAUUGCCCCCAACCUGACCGCCCUCGUCGGCGAGCUCGUCGGUGCCCGGCUCAUUGCCCACUCCGGCUCCCUCGUCAACCUCGCCAAGGCCCCCGCCUCCACCGUCCAGAUUCUUGGUGCCGAGAAGGCCCUUUUCCGAGCCCUCAAGACCAAGCACGAUACCCCCAAGUACGGUAUCAUCUACCACGCUUCGCUCAUCGGCCAGGCCUCCGGCAAGAACAAGGGUAAGAUUGCCCGAAUGCUCGCCGCCAAGGCCUCCGUGUCCAUGCGAUACGAUGCAUUUGCCGAGGAGCGGGAGGACGUGCCCAUUCUCGGCAUCGACAACCGAAUCAAGGUCGAGAACCGUCUCCGACAGCUCGAGGGCAAGGAGAUUGUCGGCACCGUCCGACCCGACGUGAACAAGAUCGAGCACAAGAAGGUCGACCUUUCCACCGGCAAGCAGUACAACGCUGACGCCGACACCGUCGGCAACACCACCGCCGGAGCCGACUCUGACGACGAGGAUUCCGACUCUGAGGAGGAGGUCAAGGAGAAGAAGGCAAAGAAGGAAAAGAAGGAAAAGAAGGACAAGAAGGAAAAGAAGGACAAGAAGGACAAGAAGGAAAAGAAGGAUAAGAAGGAAAAGAAGGAAAAGAAGGACAAGAAGCGAAAGCGAGAGGACGACGACGACGAGCCCAAGAAGGAGAAGAAGAGCAAGAAGUAA